AGGACGAGUCAGUCGCCAUCACCCUCAUCAUGCUCACCUUCGUGUCCAGCGUGGCGGGCCGGAUGUUCGUGGGCGGGGUCAACCUCAUUCCGCGCAUGCACAGCGUCCUCCUCCUCACCGGAUGUGGCGUCAUGGCCAGCGUCGCCCUGAUCACCGUUGCCAUGGCGACGGAGUUCUACACGCUGGUCAUCGGUCUCGUGAUGGUGGGGUCAGCUAUGGGUGGCUGCACCACGAUCUACGCCAAGUGUAUACUGGACACGUCCACUGUGACUCUCGAGUCCUACCCCCUGGCCUUGGGUAUCGCAAACACAUCGGAGGGAGUCUUUGACGCCCUGGUUCCCGUCCUUGUGG